AUGACAAUCCAGCAACAUUCGCCUCUUGAGCUUGAACCGUGGAAUGACUUGAGCAAAGUGGUGAUGGUGAUUGGAGCAUCCUCGAGGCUUGGUCGUGAGUUAUGUCUCGAUCUCGCUAGAGCUGGAUGCAAAAUCAUUGCUGCAGCACACCGAACCAAUAGACUCCAAUCUCUUUGCGACGAAAUUAAUGAACUCGAUUUUUCAGUCUCCCGCCGAGCCGUGGCUGUGGAGCUUGAUGUUUGUGCCAAUGGAAAGAGUAUUGAGGAGAGUGUAACGAAAGCAUGGGAUUAUUUUGAAUUCAUUGACACAUUGGUUAACAAUGCUGGUAAGUGCGUUAAUUGGAAUGUAAAAUCUCCACUUGAAUUGAGUGAGAAAGAAUGGGAUGAUACAAUGGGAACAAAUCUUAAAGGACAAUGGUGUGUAUGCAUACUCACAAACAAAGCUAACAGAGGUGGGUCUAUUAUCAAUAUUUAUUCCAUUAGUGGUCUCGAUAGAGCACUACAGUGGGGAGCACUUGCAAAGGCUGCCUUAAACACUUUGACUAAGGUUAUGGCCAAGGAAUUAGGAGCACACAAUACUAGAGUAAAUUGUAUAUGUCCUGGACCAUUCAAAUCUGAAAUUACAAAAGAUCUUAUGGAAAAAGAUUGGAUUAAGAAGGUAGCAAGAGCUAGCGUCCCUUUAGGAACAUUUGGAAUUUCACAUCCACCAUUAACGACAAUCGUUCGAUACUUGAUGCACGACUCUUCUAAAUACAUCUUCGGUAACAUUUUUAUAGUCGAUGCAAGGAACUCAUUACUUGGUGUUCUAAUCUUCUCAUCCUUUAAUGAAUUAUCUUUGCUUUCGAAAUUUCAUGAUAAUGAUUUACUUGUGGUCGUUGACUCUGUAUCGACUGGUGCUGCUGGAAAUACAUCGUAUUUGAACAGUGAAGUACCCAAAUCUCAACAUUCACAUCAUGAUACAGACAUUAUCGACAUUGAUGCCUUUGAAUCGCUAUAUGCUGGAAUACCUAUUAAAAUUCAUCAUGAAGUGAAUGUAAGCUAUAACAAGGCUUGGAGAGGGUGUGAGAUUGCAUUGAAUUCCAUUAUAGGAACGUAUACGGCUAAAGAAGCAGAUAACGAAGCUUUUGUUGUUGUUGAUUCCGAGAAUGACUUGUUAUGGGCAUGGUUUUUUCGUAAUUCUAAAAGUAUUUUUGGAGAACAUAAUGAACUGGUAAUUGUGUCUGAUGCUCAUAAAAGCAUAGAAAAUGGGUUUAAUGUUGUGUAUGAAACAACUGAACAUGGAUUAUGUGCUUUCCAUUUGUAUAAGAACUCGAAAAAGAACCAUAAGUCACUUCUAAUUUAA